GGCUUCUUCCUUUGCGACAUAAGCCGGUUCACGUCGGUGGUGAGGCAAGAUAGGGUGGUUCGUCUGCCAUCCAUACUCCUACGCGCCGAGCCUUAAUUCAUCGGGGUGUCGGCGUCCAAGGCGAAGGAAGUGAGUGCGUAUGUGCAACGAUAUGUCACUAUCCUAAGGUGAAUGACAUGCAGCAAGGAUUGAUGAGAUAGUAUUGCAAGAUGGCAGUCAGGCAUGCACUAUCAGCAGUGCUGCUGCUUGUAUGCCUUCUCUGCUAUUAUAACAGUUUACAAUGCGGAUUUGUUUUCGACGACAUCAGUGCCAUCAAGGAUAACCGCGACCUUCGGCCUCAGACUCCUCUCCGCAACAUCUUCUCCAAUGACUUCUGGGGCACUCCUAUACACAAGGAGCAGAGUCACAAGUCAUAUAGGCCACUCUGUGUUCUGACAUUUAGAUGGAACUACGCCUUGCAUCAAUUGGAGCCCAUGGGCUACCAUCUGAUCAACAUGUUGCUACAUUGCUUAGUAACACUCAUGUACUUCAGGAUGUGUUGUAUAUUCUUACCAGAAAUAACCAGUUUUGUGUGUGGAAUGCUGUUUGCCGUCCAUCCGGUACACACAGAAGCAGUUACUGGUGUAGUGGGGAGAGCAGAAACAUUAUCAUCGGUAUUUUUUCUGGCAGCUUUCAUGUUUUAUGCAAAAGCUACGAGGAGGAAAAGAGUAACAGGUUGGCAUUCACUCCUUCUGUCAAUCUUGUCUGUUGCAACAGCAAUGCUUUGCAAAGAACAAGGAAUCACAGUAACAGGCAUUUGUGCAGUCUAUGAACUCAUUGUUGCUCAAAAGCUUCGAUUAAAUGAUUUGUACAACAUGCUUCGCUCUACUGUGAAUGGGAAGGCAACAUUCCAUGUUUCAUGGUCAUCUGUUGCUACAAAGCGACUUACUGUACUGGCAGUCACCACCAUCUGCCUGUUAAUGUUAAGACUGCAAAUUAUGGGCUCUAGGCUUCCAGUUUUUACAAGAUUUGAUAACCCAGCAUCAGUUGCACCAACUCCAACUAGGCACCUCUCCUACAAUUACUUGAUUAGUGUGAACCUAUGGUUGCUGCUGUUCCCAUGUGAUCUUUGUUGUGACUGGACAAUGGGAACCAUACCCCUUGUUGAAUCAUUAACCGACAUACGUAACCUUGCCACAGUUGCAGCGUAUGCCAGCAUUUUUGGGUUGGUAUGUACCGCAGCUCUCACAGAAAAUCGCCAGCAAGCAACUGUUAUUACUAUGAGCCUUGCAUUUCUUAUUUUACCGUUCUUACCAGCAUCAAACUUGUUCUUUCCUGUUGGAUUUGUGGUUGCUGAGAGAAUAUUGUACAUACCGUCAAUGGGUCUGUGCAUGCUAGUUGGUUAUGGUUGGAGUUUGCUGGCAGACAAGAGAAGCAAGAAAUUAGCCUAUAUUAGCCUUGGACUGUUGCUGUUGGUGCACAGCUGCAAAACUUACAUUCGCAAUCUUGACUGGGAAUCAGAAUACACAAUCUUCAUGGCUGGCUUGCGUGUCAAUCAGCGUAAUGCAAAAUUGUUCAACAAUGUUGGCCAUGCCCUAGAAGGACAGGGUCGUUUUGAUGAGGCAUUACAGUACUUCCAAAAAGCUGUAAGUGUACAAGAGGAUGAUAUUGGUGCUCAUAUUAAUGUUGGCAGAACAUAUAAUCACCUAAAAAUGUUUAAGGAAGCAGAAGAUGCUUACCUGAAGGCAAAAUCACUCCUGCCAAAAGCAAAACCUGGUGAGUCGUACCAGGCACGUAUUGCUCCAAACCACCUCAAUGUAUUUCUGAAUCUGGCAAACCUGAUUGCACGAAAUGAGACACGGCUAGAGGAAGCAGAUUUGCUUUAUCGACAAGCUAUCAGCAUGCGUGCUGAUUACACACAGGCUUACAUCAACAGAGGAGACAUAUUGCUGAAGCUUAAUCGCACAAAAGAAGCACAAGAAGUGUAUGAACGAGCAUUGUUCUAUGACAGCAACAACCCUGAUAUUUACUAUAAUCUUGGUGUUGUGUUCUUGGAACAAGGGAAAGCAUCUCAGGCACUUGCAUACCUAGAUAAAGCACUUGAAUUUGACCCAGAACAUGAGCAGGCACUACUAAAUUCUGCUAUUUUGCUGCAAGAGUUGGGACGUGCCGAGCUCCGCAAAGUGGCUCGAGAAAGACUUCUUAAACUUCUCCGCAAGGAUGCAAAUAACGAAAGAGUGCACUUCAAUCUGGGCAUGUUGGCAAUGGAUGACCGGGAUAUUGCUGGAGCAGAGCACUGGUUCAGACAAGCAGUCCAGUUAAAAGAUGACUUCCGAAGUGCCCUCUUUAAUCUCGCACUUCUCCUUGCUGAUGAUCAUCGUCCACUGGAGGCAGCACCUUUUCUAAAUCAACUUGUAAAAUUUCAUCCAGAUCAUAUCAAAGGACUCAUCCUGUUGGGAGACAUUUAUAUUAACAACAUAAAAGAUCUGGAUGCUGCAGAAGCUUGUUAUAAAAGAAUUCUGCAACUAGACCCAGAAAAUGUUCAAGGGCUGCACAAUCUUUGUGUUGUGUAUGUUGAGCGUGGAAAUCUCCUGAAGGCAGAAACAUGCCUGCUUCGUGCCCAUCGACUUGCACCUGAAGAGGAUUAUGUUUUACGCCAUCUUGGUAUUGUACAGUCACGUAUUAAUAAGCUACAACUCCGGCAAGAUCCAGAUGCACUGGCAGCAGCAGCAGCCAGUGAUGAUGGCUUUUCAUUUGAAGAUCCAGUAUCUACAGAAGGCAGGUUGCCCAUUGAAAACAGAAGCAUUGACUCAGCAUCAGCAGAAGGCAGUGAGACAAAAUUAGCAGAUAAUGCUGCAAGUCAAAGGGUACACGAGACAGGACAGAAGAAUGUACCUCAUGGAAGGAAUAGUAUUCCAGAGUCCUUCAGUCCAGCAUUCGUCGAGUACCCCAAGAAAGAUACACGCAGGAAGACAGUAAUGAGCCGUAACACAGAAAUGAAUAGGUUGUCAUCAUCUUAGCACAUAGGAAUGAUCCUUAGUUAUUGCAGACACAAAAAUAAUACUGUAUAGAUUUUUGUUUCUAUGUGAAGGACUAUUUUUGUGCAUCUAACAAUGUAAGACUGGAAGGGUGGUGUUGGCACAUCCAGUAGUAGCAUCAAAUGAUUUUAUUUCAGUUCAGACAGAGUAUGUAUGUCCACAUAUUUUGUCAUCUAUCAAAUAGUCACAUCCUUCUGCCUAUCCCUGUCCCUUUAUUUAUAUCUGCAUCCAUUAACCUCUUUUUUUCUUGGAUUGAUAGAUGGAUGACAGUAGAGAAAUUGGCAAAGCAUUCUAUCAAACCAAAUUGUCAUGUUCCACAAUGAAUUUUUAACAUCCAAUAAAUAGUAAGUAGAGUCCGCUCAGGAUAUAGCUGUGACGUGCAGUGACCAGUUUUCGUCAAAAGUACUGGGCGAAUUCAUUCAUUUGUUCAGAAGUGGAGUGUACACAUGUUUUUGCCCAGUCACCAACAUGCUGUGAAGAUAGAAUCAAGGCACAUGCCGUACAGUAUUUAUCAAACAAUUUUACAGAAACUAUUUGGUAAAAAAAAUUCGUUAUUGCAUUACUUGUAGGUUUUUAUGUCAGCUUCAUGAUGAUGUGGCACCAUUUCAUUAAUGGUCAUAGUUACUGUUAUAUUUACAUUUAACUAAAACACUGAACAAAAUUCAAAAAAUGAAAAACAGGGGUCACUACGAUUUUGUGUUUCGUACAUAUUACAUAAUAUGUUGCUAUGUAUGAAAUUCAGCUAAGAUAUUGAAUUUUUCAGUAGACUUGGCUGAAGGUCCCUGUCAUCAAUCUCAAGAAAACUGAUCUGAUGUAGCACAUUGAUUUGCAGUCAUAUGUGUCAGCAAUAAAGCCAUAAAGAAAUAGCCACAACAUUCUUUGUAUUUCAUAAAUUGUGUGAGAUAUCGAAAAGAGAUUUGGAAUAUUAUAGCAAGCAAAGACGAGAGUAUUUUGCCACAUGGUUAUUAUGCAAAACUCUAUUAUCUACCAUGUUAUUCCAUUAACUACAGACCUUUCUAGGGAAAGAAUGUAAUUUUUAAGGGUAGUCAAUAGCUGGUGUUACAAAAAAGUUGCUGGAUUUGGAACGACAUAACAGAAGACAUGGCACAAAUUAUUUUUAUACCGAGGAUAUGUUUUUUCAUAAGCUAUUAACCUUAGUUUUCCUCAUUUCCUAACUUAAUAAACCAUGUUUCUAGAAUUCUCUUGCAGUUACAUCUGCACAAGACGUUAGUGAGGUGAUAUUAUGUAAACUCUGCUGCGUUUUGGGGAAAAAAGCAAAUUUUAAUAUGGUAACAAGAGAAAUGUAGGUUUUACAGCAAAUUUGCCACUCAUGAUGCUUCUCUGAAAAUUACACAUGGUAAAAAGCCAGGCAAAAAUAAAUCAAGGCUUUUGUUGCAUUAUCAGUGGAAUUCUUUCUAGAUACCAACCAAAUCAUGGGUGACAGUAGAUAUUUUUGAAUUGUCACCAUGCAAGUGUGGGCAUGGAGGGACUCCACUUAAUAUUUACAGAAAAUGUGAGUGCAGACUUCAGUUUAGAACAGUACUUCCCCUCCAGUGCUCAGCUUUUCCCAUACAUCACCUGCCCGCAACCCCUACCACUACCAGUCUCACCAUGCUUGCCCUGCCUGUUGUGCAUCUACCAGCCACAUUAUUCUCCGUGGAUUCUAAUGAAGAGUUUCAUGGCUUAUUUCUAAUUGGGGUGCUGUGAAAGCAUUUUUAUCCUCUGUAGCUUCUUUUAGUGAGGGCUCACAUUUUAUUGAAAAUUACUUCUUGUUAAAGUUUCAUUCCAUGUUUUUGGGGGAUAUUUCUGUAUUGUUUUAGUGGAACUCGAUCAGAAACAGAGAAUUCAUAGAUGGAAGCCCACCAGUUGAUGAAAAACUGUCUGCUCAUCUGAUAGGUUGUUAUGUACAUCAUUACCAGUUGUGGGAUGUUAUAUGUGAUUGCUAUGCUAGUUUGUAUUGACUGAAAAGAAAUUCAGUCUUACAGCAGAAUAUCAUAUCAUGCUAGAUCAACUAAAGGGCCUAGGAUGAAGCAUCUGAUUGUAAUAAGAACUAUUUAAAUACUUCUGUCUUUCUUAUAUCAAUUUUAGAAGAGGAUAUUUGCAUUUUAUACAAAAGAACAACAAACAAUAUAAACAUUACCUUAUUAAAAUUUGUACAUAAUUGGCAGGCUGACAGUCAUCAAAGUAGGUUACCUGAUGGAAAAAUUAAUAGAAUGUGAGAGGCUGUCAGACAGUACUCUGUUAAUAGGUAGAUAGGGCUGCACAGAUGUCAACUAACUCUUAUAUUCCUGAACAUACAAAGGUUUUUGCACCAUGCUGACACAAAAAUAUGAAGGUAUGGACUACUUACAUAAUAAUUGUUUGUACAUGCAAAGAAAAGAUUUUAAGCAGUGGCCAUGUCCUACAGGUGCAUUUAUGGAUUAUUAAAAAAAAUAUACAUUGUAACACAGUGCUGUUAAGGACAAAUUGUUUUGUAGGAACAUUAUUUUACUUUCUCCACAUUUUUCGUGGAUUUACCUAUAAACUGAAACUUUCCAUUAGAAAAUGUCAAGGCAAUCAGAUCUUGCAUACUCUGUCUGAAAUUUUUAAUACUGAUGUGCAUUUUGCCACACACCAUCACUUUUUAUUCAUUCUUUAUAUUUUAUUCAUUUGGUAAUUACCUUUGCAUUUCAGUAAUAAAUUAUUUCCAUGCUUCAGAUAACCCCUGAGUAAAACUGAUGUGGAUGAAAGUGUAUGGCCUCUUUCCCAAACUCAUUUUUUUCUGUUGGCUUUAAUUUUAUAAUAUUCAUGUUCUAAUGCUUGAAGUGGAAACUUAGUGCCAGCAAAGCAGUUAAUUGAGAUUUGCUUUCUAAAACUAUAUUCUGUGUAGAUUAUAUUUGUUCUGUAAACAAAGUUUUUGAGGAAAUUCCAUAUUUAUUUUUAUGGAGAACUAGUUUCUGGCAAGUACUGACAUUAUCACAGUUUUAGUGCACAGUAAGAUGAGUUCCUAUUGCUUUAGUGUUUUAUGAAAUGUAUUAUUGGAUAUAUGUGUUGUACAACUUUUCAGUAUUUCAAUGUACUGUUUCAAAGUAUUUUUAGAAAUGUGAUUCAGCUUCUUAUUUUUCUUCUAACAAUAAGCUUUUCUUGUGCAAUAGUAUAUUUAGUUAAGAGUGAAGUGGAAAAAGUACAUUUAUUUUUAACAUUGGCAAUGGACAAAUAAAGAUGCUUCCUAUUUCCUCUGAAUAGUUGUGUGUGUGUGUGUGUGUGUGUGUGUGUGUGUGUGUGUGUUUAAGGCAGCUAGUGUACUGGCAGGUAUUCACACUGUUGUUCCUGUUAUGUUUGUUGCAACAGUUACAACAGUGUUGAUAUAGUCUUUUUGAAAAAUUGCUACAUAUAAAAAUGAGUUCAGCUGCCAAGAUGUACUGGAAGGCUGAUGUGAAUUGUAAGAUUUUUUUGAUAUAAACAACUAUUUUUCAAUUUCCAUUAGUCUAUAAAUUGUGGCUGUAUGUGGAAUUAUUCUGCAAAUCAAAGAAUAUGCACACACAAUUUUCUGUACACAGUUACAUGUAAUUUUUUGUUGUAUAUUGUAAAAUGUUCAAAAUGUUCCCAGGAGUACUUUCUUCAGGCUGAUUCAUACUGCUACUUAUGUUUAUAAAUAUUUGGAAAACACAUCUGACUAUGUCAGUAAUCCACUAUGUUAUUCAUUGUAGGUUUAAAGAGUCACAAGUCUAAAACAUUAUGCAUUGCUAUAAUAUGUCAAAAAUUGCCACACGUUUUGCUUUUUUUCCCUUUCACAAGAACUAUUUUUCCCAGCCUUCCUCUCUGUUACAAUACUGCAUUCCGUAGGAAUUCUAUCAACUUACUACAGUAUGAAAUAAAUUCACCCAAGGAACUGAGUGCUGAAGAGAAAAAAGGUCAACAUUCUUGUAGUUGUCAUGCACAUACUAUGUCUUCAAAUGCAACUCAAAAGUAUAUUUGUAAGUGGUGGGUAUAAAUUUAGACUGAUAACCUUGACUCUCAGAGAUUGAAUAAAAUAUGAGAGUUGUUACAAUGAAAUUAUUAAUUUUUCAAGAACCUAUUGAGAAAUUUAGCAAAUGUUAUGUGAACAACUUACUAUUACCAAACAAUCUUUUGCCCUAAUCUUUUUUCCUCCUUUCAUGUGAUGUAAGACACUUGUUCCUCUUGUCUAUCAGUGCUCUUAGCCAUCUAGUUAUUGCAUCAGGAUAAUGUCUCAUCUACAGAUUUCAUGACAAACAUGGUAUUUUGUAAACAGAAUCUCUGCAAGUUAUAACUGAAAAGUGAUAUACGAUCUGAAUGAAAAUCUUGAUGCAAAUUUUUUUUGUGAAUUCAGGGAACUUUUUGAACUAUGAAGUGCAAUUUCUAUUUUUUAAAUUGCAGUUUGCUUUGUUUCAUUGGUAUAUUUUGGUACUCCUACUUUAUCUCUGGAUCUCAGUCAUCUUUUAAUUAUGUGGUUAAGAUUUCAGUAUUUACUAAUCAAAGUAUGUGUGAUAGUUUACCUCUCAGUUUAAACACUGAUUCUUAGGCAGUGGCAUAUAAAACUUGAAUUGAAUGAACUUUUGUACUGAGAGGGUAGGUCUUGUGAUUCCAGAGCACACACAGAUGAUUUUUAAAGAAUAUAAAUAUUUAUAUAUAUAUAUAUAAAUGUGUAUAUGGUGCCUUGUACAAAUGAAAAAUUUCUAAGGCAAAGAUGAGUUUUUGUAAGAUAUGAUAAAUAUUUUUAUAUGUUUGUGAGAGCUAAAUGUUCAGGAAGCUAAUAAAAAUAUAUGUUAAAUAUAGCAGCUAAAAUGAAAUAUUUAAGUGGUGUUGAGAGGUUUAAUGACGUAUAGAUUAACCUUUAAAGAGUAGUAUAGAGGCAGUGUGAUAAAUGUGUUUUGUAUUCAUUAUAUGUACACUGUGUUGUAUGGUAACUGUAGUUUUAUAUCAGAGCAGUUGGAUAUAAAAUUUUGAUCAGUUUUCUUAUUCUUCCAGUUAUUCUUGUGUUGGGAUUUGACUUUUUCUCAUGGCUGGGCUUCCUUCAUAGAUGCCGAGAAUUCUUUCCUGCUCCAUACAGAAAAUAUCACUUUAAAUUAUUCAGAAAUAUGUUUGAAAGAGAGACGUAACAGUUAGUGUUCUUCAGUAUAUUGUGAUUGUGUAAGAACUCAUUUUAUGCAUUGUGAAUUUGAUACAAGAAAGCUGAUCAUGUUCUAUCCAAUUGCCUUAUUAAAUGUUUUCUGCCAACUGCAACCUAUUGAAACAGCUGCUAAUAUGAUUGCUCAGAGAUCUAUUUUCAAAAAUAUAGAAGACAAAUUUUAUCUUAUGCAUGAACAGAUGGUCCCAUUGGACAUUGGCAGAUUAUAAGAGUUUUGUUGAUUUUCUGAAGUCAAAAACCAUUGUCUGUUUCAUUUUCAAUGGGUAUUUAUUAUGUGGAUAAAUUUGUCAUAUUUUGGACCCUAAGUUUGCCACAGAAUAUUUUCGGUCACUGUGAUAUUAAUGUGGUGAAUUUAUUGGGUCUCAUAUUUUAAAGAGAUACUUAGUCCAUAUAGCAACAUUGAUUUUGUCACAAGUCUUCAUUUUAUUACUGGAGUUGUCAGUUAUGUUAGAACUCUUUAUUUCAACCCUUUUGUCUGCUUUUUAAAUUUUCAGUUAUUGAUGAAAUAUAUAAAACUCCCAAAAAGGAGAGGAAAAAUCCAUUAUGGUUAGGGCAAUCAGUAAAAUACUUAUUAGACUAUAACGUACAAUCCAAUAGGAUGCAUCAUGCAUGUUAUUGAAAAUUAUAGCAUCAUGUAAUGUCAGCUGUGACAAUCCUUGUUCCAGGAAUGAAUCAUAAUUAUAUACAGAAUGUGAAAAGAGAUUUCAAAAUAAAGAAAAUAAAUGUAUAUGGAGAAUGUCCACUGUCCAGUUUAGAAAAAUAAAAUAAAAUUGAUAUAUAUCCAGAGAAGUGUGGACUGCAUUGUCUAAUUGUGACAGAUGUAAUAAAAUCCAGAAUUGUGUUAUACUUUAAAUCACUGUGUAAUUUAUAAUAAAAAAAAAUAAAACUGUGUGCUGGACAUGUA